AUGGAUGAUAGCAGCACUGAUGAGUUUAAGAACAAAAACCUGCAUCCGCAGCUGAGGUCGAACUUCCUGUCCAACUUAUUUUUCUGUUGGGGUUUGCCGAUAUUUUACAAAGGAUGGAAGAAAGAACUAGAUGAAGAUGACCUAUACAAGCCGCUGAAAGCUCACGAAUCCCACAGAUUAGGAGACAAGCUGGAGGAGAUAUGGAAGCUGGAAAAAAUAAACAAUGCCGAACCUGCCCUUUGGAGAGCCCUAUGGACCAUGUUUCGCAAAGACAUCAUAGGGCACAUGUUUGUCUUAUUCUUUCUCGAAUUCAUCUUACAAUUAUCCCAGCCUUUACUACUAGGAAAACUGAUGAACUACUACUCGCCCAACCAAACCGACGUCACCAUCGAAGAGGCCUACAUCUACGCCAGCUUGAUAGUCAUCACUUCCCUUCUCUACGUGGUCACCUACCACGCGUACAACUUGUCCUUGCAACACCUGGGGAUGAAGAUACGGGUUGCCUGCUGUUCCCUGAUCUACAGGAAGACCUUGAAGCUCAGCAAGACGGCUCUGGUGAAGACCACCAUCGGUCAGAUGAUCAAUCUGCUGUCCAACGACGUCAAUAGGUUCGAUAACUGCUUCAGGUACUUCCAUUAUCUUUGGGCGGCUCCAAUCGAGACGGUUCUCAUCAUGUACUUGCUCUACGGGGUCGUGGGAGCUGCUGGUCUCGCCGGAUUCUGCCUGUUGGUGAUCUUCAUUCCUCUUCAAUUGCUGAUGGGCAAGCUGACGUCCAUUUUCCGCUUACGAACCGCUGUGAAGACAGACGAGAGGGUGAGGAUAAUGAGCGAGAUUAUAUCCGGCAUCCAAGUAAUAAAGAUGUAUACGUGGGAGAAGGCGUUUUCCACACUGGUGGAACAAAUUAGAAAAUUGGAAAUCAAACAGAUCCGAGCUACCACUUACAUAAGGGCCCUGCACAUUUCCUUCAACAAAUUCAUCACGAGAACCUCGGUCUUUUUGUGCAUCCUCACGUACGCAUUUACCGGUCACAAACCAAACGCAGAAUUCGUCUACGUAGUGUCCUCGUUCUACAACAUUCUCAAGUCCGUGAUGAUCACAGACUUUCCUCAAGGCAUCACGAUUCUAGCAGAAUCCCUAGUUUCCGUCAAAAGAAUUGAAACUUUCCUUUUAUUCGACGAAGUCCAUCCAGACGCUCUAAAGAUGUCGCACGAUCCGAAGAAGAUACCAGCGUCGACACCUUUACUGCACAGCUUCAGCAAAAAAUCGGUAGGAGUGUAUCUUCAAGACGUAUCCGCAAGGUGGGUGGGCAGCCUGCACGACGACACGUUGUGCAACAUCAACUUCAACGUGGGGCCCAAGCAGUUGGUCGCCGUCGUAGGACCCGUAGGUUCUGGCAAGACUUCCCUGCUCCACGCUAUCAUGAAGGAACUCCCCGUGUCCAAAGGCACAAAAGACGUAGUGGGUAGAAUUUCUUAUGCUUCGCAAGAACCGUGGCUUUUCGCCGGUACCAUUAAGCAAAAUAUUCUCUUCGGAGAAAAGUGGAACAGCAAGAAAUACGAAAGGGUACUACAAGCGUGUGCCUUAGAGCGAGAUUUGAACCUCCUUCCUUAUGGAGACAGAAGUAUGGUUGGAGACAGAGGCGUCAGCUUGAGUGGGGGUCAGAAAGCUAGGAUAAACUUAGCCAGAGCUGUGUACAAGGAUGCCGAUAUCUACAUCCUGGACGAUCCAUUAUCUGCAGUAGACACUCAAGUAGCGAAACAGCUCUUCGAAGAGUGCAUCUCAGGUUACCUAAAAAAUAAGUGCACGAUACUAGUAACACACCAAUUGCAGUUCUUAAAAUCGGUGAGUAAGAUCUACCUGAUUGAAAACGGCUGUAUAACAACGACGGGCACCUACGAGGAAAUCCAAAGCUCAGGGAAAGAUUUCGCCAAGCUGUUCAAACACCAGAUAGAAGAAGAAGAGUGUGACGCCAUAAAAAGGGAUCGGAUAAAGAUAAAGCAACUGCAAGAAGUAUCUGAUGAACCCUCGGAAAUAAAAGAAUACAGAAACACCGGAAAGAUCUCCUCCAAAGUGUAUAAAAGGUAUCUAAUAGCAGGUGGAGGUUGGUGUUGUUCCUUCUUCGUGUUCAUUCUGUUUAUCUUGACACAACUCGUGUCCAGUGGAGCUGAUUACUUCAUCAAAUUUUGGGUAAACCUUGAGCAAAGACGAGCCGAAGACAACAACGACAUGAACAAAACCUUCUACAAGUCCAGCAUAGACACAUUCUUCACCGUCAACCACUGCGUAUAUGUCUACACGGGUAUCAUCUCCUGCGUCAUAGUCCUCACCGUCGCCAGAUCCAUAUCUUUCUAUAGAAUGUGCAUGUUGGCGUCGACCAAACUCCACAACAACAUGUUUGCGAAAAUCUGCAGCGCCACGAUGCAAUUCUUCAAUACCAACUCAUCAGGGAGGGUACUCAAUAGAUUCUCCAAGGAUAUGGGCUCUAUCGACGAAACUCUUCCUCAUGUCUUGAUGGACAGCAUACAAAUAGCUCUAAAUGUGUUCGCAGUUAAUCUGGUAAUAGCCACAGUUAAAACGUGGAUCCUCAUCCCCACGUCGAUAAUGAUAAUACUGUUUUAUCUCUACAGAAUCGUCUACUUGGCCUCAAGUAGAAACAUCAAACGUAUGGAAGCCACAACCAGAAGCCCGGUGUUCUCGCACAUCAAUGCGUCCUUGCAAGGCCUAACGACCAUAAGAGCCUUCGGUGCGCAGGAAAUUCUAAGGAAAGAGUUCGACAAACACCAGGACCUUCACAGCGCCGCAUUCUACAUGUUCAUGGGUUGCAACAUGACCUUCGGAUUUUGGCUUGACAUCUUCUGCGUAUUCUAUAUUGCCCUGGUCACGUUGAGUUUCUUCUUUAUGGAAAACGAAAGAUAUGGGGGCAAUGUCGGUUUGGCAAUAACGCAAGCUAUGAGCCUUACCGGCAUGUUCCAGUGGGGUAUGAGGCAGUGGAGCGAGCUGGAGAACACCAUGACUUCGGUGGAGAGAGUAGUGGAGUACACGGAGAUCAAACAGGAGUCCGAGGAAGAGAAGAAGGAACCUCCCAGGACAUGGCCUGAGAACGGCAUGAUAGAGUUCCAGUCCCUCUAUCUAAGAUACGCCACUAACGAGCCCUACGUGUUGAACAACCUCACCUUCAAGAUCAAACCAAAGGAAAAAAUUGGUAUAGUUGGUAGGACGGGAGCAGGAAAAUCCUCUCUGAUCGCGGCCCUCUUCCGCCUCGCUGACAUAGACGGGAAGAUUUUGAUAGAUGGUAUCAGCACGAGCGAUAUACCUCUGAAGACCAUGAGAUCCAAGCUCUCUAUCAUACCUCAGGAACCUGUGCUAUUCUCUGGUACCCUUCGAUCUAAUUUGGACCCGUUCAACGAAUACCAGGACAUGGAGCUGUGGAACGCCUUGGAGGACGUAGAACUAAAGGGAGUUGUGUCAGAGCAUCAAUCAGGUCUGGACUGCAAGAUGUCGGAAGGAGGUACAAAUUUCAGCGUCGGCCAAAGACAACUCGUUUGUUUAGCAAGAGCCAUAAUUAGGAAAAACAAAAUCCUCGUCCUAGACGAGGCCACUGCCAACGUGGAUCCUAAAACUGACGAUUUGAUCCAGUCUACCAUAAGAAGUAAAUUCGCUGAGUGCACAGUGUUAACAAUAGCGCACAGGCUUCACACCGUCAUGGACUCAGAUAAGCUGUUAGUGAUGGACUCUGGUGCUGCGAUGGAGUUCGAUCAUCCUCAUUUGCUUUUACAGAAUCCAAAUGGUAUAUUUUACGGGUUGGUGAAAGAGAGCGGUAAAGCGAUGGCGGAUUACUUAGCGGAAAUAGCGGAAAAGAGUUACAGAGAAAAAACGGGGCGAUCCCAUUGAAGGAAACGGA